AUGGAGCCGAAAGGCGUCGUUGACAGCCUUCGUGGGUUGGUAGCGGUAACAGAUGCUGCGUUUCGGCAGACCUUCGAUUUCGCCAAAGAUAAUCUUGCCCGUGGGAUUGACAGCAAAAGGAGAGCAGAGAUACGGGAAAUUGCAGAUGAGAUCCAGGACAUGGCUGGCAUGCUCCAUCGGCUCUGUCUCCUAGCGUAUUCUUUCGAAGACAUGGAUCUCAUGGAUGAUUGGUAUGGCAUUCGUGCAUUGGCCAUGCCACCACAACUGAUUUCAUGCCAUCAGACUCUCGACCGCCUUGGGAAGACAUUGAGCAAGAAGAAGCUUGCGUACGCAAUCCAAGAUCUAGAAGAGGAUGGCAUGGACCGGCAACUCAAAUGGCCAUUCACCAAAGCAUGGACAGCAGACCUACUACAAGAACUGACUGUGCAUAAGCAUGCAAUUAGCAAGGCGCUGACAGCAAAUUCGAUGAACGAGCUAUUAUUGAGCUUUUCGAGUAAUGAAAAGAAGGAUAACAGCUUUUUCGAAGUACGGGACUAUACUCGGGGCCGCUGCGUGAAAUCGCCUGAGUUGUAUGCAGUCGUACACUUUUUCUCGAGACUCGGCCAGAACAGACUCCUCAUCGAAGAAUUAAAAGGGCUGAACAGGCUGACGAGAUAUCCCUUGCUUGAAAGUCAAGUAUUCGAAAGCUGGAUACAAACUCCAAACUCGAAACUCUGGCUCACCGGCCCUCCAGGAGUUGGGAAAACAACAUUCGCAGCAGCAAUGAUCGAAAAGGCUAUACAUAAGCUUUAUAACGUACAUAAUAUCGCUGUGGCUUUCGUCUUUUGCAAAUCCUCAGACCCUCGAACUCAUGACCCCUUCCACAUUGUGAGCACGCUACUUUCCCGAGUUGCUCGUCAACAUCCUCUAGCAAUCAGCAUCUUGGAACAGUAUUUUAAGGAACUCAAUCGCAAGAGAAUGGUUGAUAAACCGACUAUAGAACGCAUGAAGGCAAUAUUUCUGGAUGUUUCUCGGCACUUCAAGCAGGUACUGGUAGUUGCGGACGGCGUGAAUGAGUGUGCAGUAAACGUCGUUGCCAUAACGGAGACUUUGGAUUCGUUGUCAUCUCAAAGUGGGAAUAUGAGCCUAGCAGUGGUUUCACGACAUCAGCCAGACAUCCAAGUAGCCCUCGGAGAAGGUUUCCAACACAUACAGAUCGAGGCAUCCACAGACCAACUAGAACUAGUGGCUGCCACGAAUGUUGAGAAUGCAAUUUUGAGCGGAAAUUUGGCUUUAGAAGAGCCACGUAUGAAGGAUGAAGUGAUUAGUAAACUCAGCUUUGGCUGUGAAGCGAGUUUCCUACAGAUACCUUAUCAAAUCGACCAUCUCUCUAGACUGAUCUCGAAUAAAGAACGGAAUGAAUUUCUGGAGCAGCUUCCAAAUAGCCUCGAGGAGACAUACAAGCUCGCUCUGCGGCAGUUCAAUCGACAACCGCCUGCAGUUCGUGGUCUAGUACAAGCAGCUUUCCAGCUGGCUACAUUUGUGGACCCUCCACUUACCAUCCUUGAAAUGUGUCAAGCAUUGUCAGUGGCGUGUAUACCUAGCCUGGAUGCUGACCUGCUGGAAUAUCCAGAAGUUGACGAGACAGAAAUCUUGAAUCAGUGCGGCCUGUUUCUCAAGAAAUCUGCAGAUAAGCAGUGCUUUGAGCUAUCGCACCACACAUUCAAGGAGUUCUUGGAAAGUAUCGAACCCUCAGACCCUGAGUUUUCGGAUUAUCGGCUGUCGGAAACCCGCACUAAACGCCUCCUUGCUAUGUGCGCCCUUCGUUACUUGUGUCUUGGGCACUUUUCUCGUCUCCCGGCAAGAACAAACUCCGAAGAGAAGUUCAUUCAGGCCAGAAACUACAGAUAUCCGUUCUAUAGAUACGCCUCUUUGAUGUGGCCACAAUUGGCGAACGAGCUUUGGCAUGACGCGGAAUUCCUUGGUCAGGCUAUGGAACUAUGCGAUCUAGCCCAGACGGCCAAUUUCAAGUCAUGGUGUCUGGAAGUUUGCCGCUUUUAUAGAUUAGACGGAUCGUUGAGAAAUUGGAUGAAUGACCGAUGUGAUGAAAGAAGUGCUGGAAGGUCUCGCCGUUACCUUGACAUGGAACAUGGGAGUUCUGUAAGCGACAGUCUAUGGUCCGACUCCACGCAAGGCACCACAGGGUCUUGCAGUUCCCCUUCGGGAAUAUCAGAAGAAUCAUCAUCAAAUCAAGAACGAAGAAAAGAUGUUGUUGUAGUUCUUUCGACGUCGUGGCAGUGGAGGCGGCGAGCACCUCACUGGAAGUGGCGUGCUGGCCAAACGCGACGUUUAGCACACUUUACUCGUCGCGGAGAUUUCACGCCGUUACAUAUGGCUUCUCUUCUUGGCUUAAGCGGUCUUUGCCAUGAACUUCUCAAGCACAUGUCAGACGUCAACCAAAUCAGUCGGAUGGGGUCUCCUCUGCAAUGUGCACUUGGCGGGCCGUUUCUCGUCGCUUGUCAUGACUUCUACACUAGAAAAGACAGCAAAGAUUGGGCUGAGCAACCUCCUAAGGAGAGACCUUCGAUGGAAACGAUACGAGUCUUGGUUACAGCAGGCGCUGAUUGCACGAGACCCUUGCCAACCCACUACUCAUGGGAUUCAAUGGGAGCUUUGGCACUCAAGUCAUCAGAAUGGGCAUCCGACUAUGAACCUUUUGCCCUUGUAGUAAGAGGAGGGGCUCAAAUGCAUGAUGAUGCCAUCGAUUUGUUCCGGUCCCAAUGUCGAAAAUGGAACAAGCACAAGAGUCAAUCAGCAAUGUCAAACAUCACAUCAAUCUUGGAGCUUCUUACAGACCUGGUUGCAAAAGAGGAAGGAGAAGCUUCUGCGUACUUGAAAGCUUUUCAAAAGGUCGUAACCGAUACAACAGAUAUCGACACGCAGUUACCUGUGUCAGCCGCAGUGACGGAUGAAAUGCUUGUCGAGGCAAUGUGGAAAGCUAUCGAGAAUGACAGCAUGAACAUGCUCAAAGAAAUUGCUGAAAACCCACACCGCAACUUAGAACUUCAAGAGGACGCCUUGACAAGACUGUUAGACUUUGCUGUUUCCUGCUUGUCAAUUUCUUGCCUGGAUUACAUGCUCACGUCGUAUGUGGACUCUAGAGAAGGUGACAAUCGCAAGGAGAAAAUGGUGCUGGACUGCUUCAGAGAUCGUAUGGAGGAUGCGCUCGUGUGUUUGCUACACCAUGGGGCAAAGACAAUUCAUACAGACGACUUCAACGACACAAUCUGGCAUCUUGCGAACGAUGAAGACAAUAACUUGCGAAUCGUUAGAGUCCUUCUGUCUCGGGUGGAACAAUCCGAGCGGGAUAUCGCAUUACGCAUGACCAACAAAAACGGGCUGACACCCCUUGCUGUAGCACUUGACAAUGCAAGCCAUGAGGUUGCUAUUAUGAUUAUCGGCCAUUGUCAAGGAGACCAGAGCUGCUUGAAGAGUUCUAACCCGCCACUUAAUAAGAUUAUUGCAAGCAUCAAAUCUGUCGACGUUCUGAAGAAGCUUCAUGCAGAAGGACUUCUUCUCAAGUCGUCGGAAGAAACUCCCCUGCACUGUUUAGAUCGAUUCGCCAGUGCAGACUGUGUGCGACAACUCUUGGUCAUAUAUCCCUACAGCGAAUCCCUGGCUUGGAAAAGCCCUCUUGCAUGCUUUCUGGAGGCUAGUCAAUUAUACUCAUACAACGAAGCGAUUCUGAAAGAGCUUAUCUCGGCUGACCUAGCCCUCCCAACCGGAAAAACCGAACUUACAAUUUGGUCGCUGGUCUUCAACAUCCUUCGAGACAGGUACAGGCAUCUACACAACACAAAAUCCAUCCCAAGUUUCAAUAUACAAGUGGAAAAAGCCCCGGAGGUAGUGAAGCUUAUGAUUGACACAGGAUGUCUUGGAGCUCAUGAGCAAACCUCUGGCACGUCAGGUCUAAAAGAAGUUGAAAACUUACUGAGUUGCAGCAACAUACCACUCAAUUCAAAGAUCAACCCGGAAGUUGUCUCCAUUUUGGAAGAGAUUUUCGUGUUGGUAUUCGACGCGACGGGUGACUCAAACUACCUCAAAAGCAGCGGGAUGGAUGUGAAAGUCUUGAAAUGGGCAAUCGUUUGCGACUCGGUUUUUAUGGUGGAUCGUCUGCUCUGCCUCGGUGCUGAUAUCCAUGAACGAGUCUUGGGCAUGAACGCCAUUGAAUUUGCCUGUGCCCAUGGUGGCAACCCCAACAGUCACCGGAUCCUUGUGAAGCUGCUCGAGAAUGCAAACCGAGAGGCCCUAAAUGAGCUUACCCCCACAAAUUCGGGGGAGAAGUUUGGGCUUUUCCACCUCUUGGGAUUAGCAGAUUGCUUUUCCCAAACGCCGUGGAAGACCCCAUCAUUUGGCUUUGCCAUACAGAAUCCGCCUCCCAACUUGCCACAUGGAAUGCCACCGCCACCACCACCGAUACCUCGAGGCUUCAUCCCGCUUAGCCAGACUGGUGGCUAUGCCAGACAUAGGCGCCCGAUGUCCUGCGUCAAAAUCAGACUUGUACAACAGCUACUAGAUGAAAAUCUAGACCCCACUAUUGUCAGCAAACAGAGGAAGAAUUCGCCAUUGAUUUUACACAUCAUCGCUGGGUGUUUUGACAGUGCUCGUUUGCUACUUAGACGCGGGGCAGACAAGACUUUGAAUCACUCUGAUGUCGAUGGAUGGACCGCUGCGUCAUGGGCGUGUGUAUAUGGGUGGAUUGAGUUACUGGAAGAAAUGGUGCCACUGUCGGCUUCAGAGACAAUGUGGAAUUUUCGGGUCAAAGUCUCUUUGGCGAGAGCCGGCGCCAAUCCAAUCACCUUUAACCAAGCGGCAGCAUUGCAUCUUGCCACAAUAGGUUCGGCAGAAACAGUUGCUUUCCUCUUGGACCAUGAUUACGCAAAGGAUAUUAAUGCUACAACGUCAGAUGGGUCAACCGCCCUACACUUUGCAACACUCUUGGGUCAAGUUGACUCCAUCAAGCUCCUUGUGUCCCGAGGUGCAAAUGUCAACGCUCAAAACAACGAAGGCUUUGCUCCGCUCCAUUUGGCAGUAACAAACCAGAAUGAAUGCACGACACGUUUACUUCUCGAGCUUGGGGCAAAACAUCUAGUUGUUAAAAAGGGCAAAACACCAUUGGACAUGGCCCUUUUGUGGAAGAAUAAAAAUAUCACGGACAUGAUAAGAAAGUCAAUACGGGGUUCACUCCAAGGGAACUUAGAUCAGGUAGCGGACCGGUCUUAUUACAGGGCGGCGUUGUCAAAGGCGAUGCAAUACGCAAUUGAGCGAGCCGAUGUAAAGACCUGCGAAAGACUUCUGGAAGAAGGCUGUAGUCCCAACAUCAAGAUGAGAUCUUGCCGAACUUGUUCUGCGCUUUUGUUCGCCCUCAGAAGCAGAGUUGUUUCCGUGGAAAUCGUCCAGUGUCUCAUUGACAAAGGAGCUAGUUUCCGUGGUGUCACAUGUCGUCGGCAUGCCUGCGGUUAUUGCUGCUACGGUAUUCGAAAUUGGUCUGAAGGCGAAGACUCUGAUACCAGUUCUAGCGCUUACUCUUCAUCCGACAGCGAUGUCGAGUUUGAGCAAGAGUGGCCGACGCGUGGUUCAACUGCACUCGACCUCCUCAUGUACGAUUCCGAUCUCGAGGAAGAAGUGCCCAAGUGGCUUCGGCUGAUUCCGCAAGACGAACUGAUAUGGCUCAUCGAUAACUCUGCGCCUGCUCAGAUCGCCAUAAACCGUGAAUCCAAGAAGUCUUUAACGGCAUUGUUUGCUUAUCUCGAGGAACUUGAUAGGACGACUGGCCGAAAAUUGGUCAGACAAGUUGCCACCCAAGUAACAACGUGGUAUGUAUACAACCGAAAUACUUCAACUUUGCACGCGGCAGCAAUAGAAAACGACAUUGAAAUGGCGAAACUGCUCAUCAAACAUGGAGCGGACAUCAAUGCGAUGAGCCAGUCUUGCGGCACCCCUUUACACGUUGCAACCGACAAAGAAAAUUUGACCAUGAUCACACUUCUGUUGGAUAAAGGGGCAGCAAUUAACAUCAGAGAUGGACACGGACAUACCCCGCUCCAGCUCGCGGCUCGAGAGAACAAUGUUGACGCGAUGGAGCUUCUCGUCAACCGAGGGGCACGAAUUGACCGCAGCGAGGACUCCAAUACGCUGUUGAUGUUUGGUAAAACUCAGACACUUCCAUUGUUGAUGAAAGCAGGGAUGAGCCUGAAUCAAAGGGGGUGCCUCGGUAUCCCGAUCUGGGCCACUGCCUUGUUCAAUUCCGAUAUUGCGACUUUCAUCGUCAACUCGGACUUUAGUUGUGAUUUAGAGUCACAUUAUCAAGGCCGGGGCUUGUGGAAGGUGUGGUGGCAAGUUGAGCUCUUCGACAAUAAAAGCUCGAUGCAUAAAGCACUUCGACUGUUCCACCGGCGCAUGGGCGUUGACUUCAUAAGAAGACUCACUGAAGUCAAAGGUGAUGACAAGACAUUUGAAAGCUUCAGUUUGCUUUGUUUCUCAGCUCACUACGGACGCUUGAGAGAGGUCCAAGAACUUUUGAGGAUUGGGCUCGAUAUGGAAUUCGAAGGGUCUACUGCUGGUACUCCGUUAUUGGCUGCUGCACACGAAGGCAGGGUAGAUGUAGUGAAGCUGCUUGUGUAUCGAGGGGCCAAAGUUCUUUAUAAGAAGAAUGACGUCUGGAAAAGUGCUCUGGAUGCGGCGAAAAGCUUUCCAGGCAUUGUGGACUGGCUACUGGUGGGACGGUUUACUGAACAAGGGAAACUCGAGGCUUGCUCGAGUAAUUGGGAAGAAGAUUACAUCUCUCGCAUACGUCCUUGGAGUGGAGUUCAUUCUGGGGUAUUCUUACUGGAGGGUAAAUACCAGAAAGCAUGGAAUGAGUCCACGCUAAAGUGGCUCUGUUCCUUGGAGAAAGCGAAAAGAAAGUUUCAGGGGAAAGUAGUUGUCUCUGAGUUAUGGGACCCCAAAACUUACAUGGAAACGUAG